CCUCUCCCCUGACCCCUGGGCCCUGUCCGCGGGGUCUGGGUCUCCCGUCAUCCCAGGACAAAGCCGCGGUCUUGGCUCGGCAGCCGAGACGAGCAGCCCGUUGCCUUUGGCCUGGCUGGGCUUGCUUUCCAUCCUGUUGCGCGGCGCAGGCGCGGUGCGGUUGGCCACACACACAGGCCAGACGCGACGAGACGAGACGACCCCUCUUCUCCUCUCUUUUGACCGCCACCGCCCACCCAGCUCCCACCCUCUCCACUGUCGCCGCUCCUCUCCUCGUCUCCCUCGGUCCCUCCCCCUCCCCCUCCCUCGUCGAGGCGCCGGCUCCUAUGAUCCGCCCCCGCUGCCCCCCGCCGCGGGCCUCCUGAUCCGCGCCCCGACCCGAGGAAGCGGACCCCGACCGAGAUUCCGAGGCCCCAACCCCCGCCCAGCGCCUGGCAGAUUCACCCCGGGGCGGCGCCUCGAUUCGGUCCGCCCCCGCUGUCCGCGGUAACGAGUCGAUCGGCUCCUCACCCCUUGCAGCGCGCCUCGUCUUUCCUUUCUCCCGCGUUGACGCUACGAGGUGUUCGCGGCUCUCUGCAGCAUCUGGUUGGGGGCGCUCCGGCGCGGCGCUUCCCGUCCCUGGAGAUGUCCGCCGUCCAGGAGCAGUUUGAGAUCAAGUUCCGGCUGCCCGACGGCACCGACAUCGGGCCCAGGCGCUUCCCGCCGGCGUCCACCGUCGCCACGCUCAAGGAGACCAUCAUCGCCCAGUGGCCCAAAGAUAAGGAAAAAGGUCCAAGGACUGUGAACGAUGUUAAGCUUAUUAAUGCUGGGAAGAUAUUGGAGAACAACAAAACCCUGUCAGAAUGCAAAAGCCCGAUCUGUGACUUCUCUGGGAUGACAACGAUGCAUGUCGUUGUCCGUGCACCGACUUCAGGCAAACAGUCUGAUAAAAGAGCAGCAAAGAAAGCGAAAGAUUUCAGGUGCGGUUGUGCCAUCAUGUGACAGCAUUGUGAAUAGUAGCAAAAAAAUGUGGCUAUUUCAGUUCCUCCCCCCUUUUUUCCACUCUCGCUAGAGUGUUGUAUUAUGUUCGAGGCGCUUCUCCUUUUAUUUCCUUUCGAUGUACCGCGGGCAAGCUGCCGCUGCUGCAGUUAUUCACCCUUUAAUCAUGAGUUGCGUCAAGUACAAAAAUCUGAAGGAUGUUGGCUGUUAACUGCCCUUGUCUUGAGUUAUGACGAGCACACAGUUUGAAGGCAGUCAUUAGUGUCUAAUUUACAAGAUCCAUCUUAUGCAAUUUUGCAUGGUUUCACAUUCUCUUCUAUAUAUGCCACCCUGGUGACUUGUGUUUAA